CAGAUCAUCAGUGGCUACGAUCUGAUCUGCCCAAUGCUGUUUUUCCCGAGAAAACAAAGGAUUUGGAGAAGAAAGCAAACUAUAGAAAGAAAACAGAGGCUACUCUGCAGAGAAGAGGAAGCAUUGCAGUGAUCAUCCUAAAAUCCAUCCAUAUAAUACACUAUUACCAAAAAAUUACGCUCUUUGAUUAAGAAGCUGGAAAGCUCAUGGCGUCCAUCUGCUAAGCUUUAAGGAAAUUUGCUUUCACUGCAAAUCUUCAAUCCACAUUAAACAUCAUACUGCGUCUAAGCAACGGCGGUUGAACAAUAUUUCAUACGGCUUAGUGGUUUCUCAUCUGAGUCAUCUCAUCGGAAAGAAAAGCAAAGACGGUGUCUCAGCCGACGAAGCUCCUUUUCACAUUGAAAAUCGGUACUCGCAAUGGCUUCCAACAAUACUACAGUGGCACACCUAUGUCCAUCUCCAAUGAAGCCUACCUCCAAUGGAGCCUUCCAGGGAGAUAAUCCCCUCGAUUUCGCACUCCCUCUUGUCAUCUUACAGAUAUGCCUUGUCCUUGUGGUUACACGGACGCUUGCUUUUCUUCUCCGUCCUCUGAGACAGCCUCGCGUCAUUGCAGAGAUCAUCGGAGGAAUAUUGCUUGGUCCAUCGGCACUGGGUCGUAACAAAAGCUAUCUAAAUGCAGUCUUCCCAGCAAAGAGCCUUACGGUGUUAGACACCCUGGCCAACCUUGGUCUCCUCUUCUUUUUGUUUCUUGUAGGUGUGGAAUUGGACCCAAAGAGCCUUCGUCGGACUGGAAAGAAAGCCCUCGGUAUUGCUGUUGCUGGAAUCAGCGUCCCCUUUGUCUUAGGGGUCGGUUCAUCCUUCAUCCUUCGGCACACAAUCUCCAAAUCCGUGAAUGGACCUCCUUUUCUUGUCUUCAUGGGCGUAGCCUUCUCCAUUACUGCCUUCCCUGUCUUAGCGCGUAUACUGGCUGAACUUAAGCUCCUCACCACUGACGUAGGCCGAAUGGCCAUGUCGGCUGCCGCAGUCAAUGAUGUGGUUGCGUGGAUCCUACUCGCCCUCGCCAUUGCUCUCUCAAGUAGUGGCCACUCUCCUGUUAUCACCCUCUGGGUCCUUCUAUCUGGCUGUGCUUUUGUAAUUGCUUCCAUACUCGUAUUUCCCCCCAUUUUCAAGUGGAUGGCCCAACGUUCCCAAGACGAGGUUAAUAUUUGUGGUACCUUAGCUGCCGUUCUGGCAGCCGGAUUUGUUACAGACUCUAUCGGAAUUCAUGCCCUGUUUGGUGCUUUCGUGCUCGGAGUUCUAGUGCCAAAAGACGGGACUUUUGCUGAUGCUCUUGUGGAAAAGGUGGAGGAUCUUGUAUCCGGCCUCUUUCUUCCUCUAUAUUUCGUUUCAAGUGGAUUAAAAACUAAUAUAGCCACCAUUCAAGGGGCCCAGUCUUGGGGCCUAUUGGUCUUGGUUAUAAUUACUGCAUGUUUUGGGAAGAUUGUUGGGACUAUUGUAGUCUCCCUUGCUUGCGAACUGCCUUUCCGUGAGGCUAUUACACUUGGUUUCCUCAUGAACACCAAAGGCUUGGUGGAACUUAUCGUCCUCAACAUCGGCAAAGAUAGAAAAGUUUUGAAUGAUCAAACCUUUGCUAUCAUGGUUCUGAUGGCUCUCUUCACUACAUUCCUUACCACACCACUUGUUAUGGCCAUAUACAAGCCUGCAAGAAAGGUGGGCAGGGCUGAUUACAAACAUAGAACAAUAGAGAGAAAAGAUUCAAGUACACAGCUUCGGAUUCUAGCUUGCUUCCACUGUACAAGGAACAUCCCAACAUUGAUAAAUCUUAUUGAGGCCUCCCGCGGGACAGAGAGGCGGGAAGGACUGUGUGUCUAUGCCAUGCACCUCAUGGAGCUCUCUGAGAGAUCGUCGGCAAUUCUCAUGGUGCAUAAGGCAAGAAAGAAUGGGAUGCCCUUCUGGAAUAAAGGGCAACAGUCAGGCUCUGAUCAUGUAGUUGUUGCAUUUGAAACUUUCCAGCGAUUGAGUCAUGUCUCUGUGCGGCCAAUGACAGCCAUCUCGGCAUUGUCCAACAUACACGAAGACAUCUGCACCAGCGCAGAAAGAAAGAGAGUGGCAAUGGUGAUUCUUCCAUUCCACAAGCAUCAGAGGCUCGAUGGUGCAAUGGAGACAACACGAACGGACUUCAGGUGGGUCAACCAAAGGGUUCUUGAUCAAGCUCCAUGCUCUGUUGGGAUCCUUGUUGACCGUGGCUUUGGUGGAACAACCCAUGUAUCAGCAAGUAAUGUUUCUUAUUCAAUCACGGUUCUCUUUUGUGGAGGACGUGAUGAUCGUGAAGCACUGGCUUAUGGAUCACGCAUGGCUGAGCACCCUGGUAUCAGUCUCACUGUGAUCCGUCUUUUAUUGAGGCUUAAUCCAGUUGAAGAGGUAAUCGAAAUUGAUAUGAAUGCCAGAUCAGACGACAAAGAGAAGGCAAUUGAUGACGAAUGCCUUGCUGUAUUCCGGCAGAAAGUCCAGAAAGACGGUUCUAUUAAGUAUGAAGAGCGUACAAUUGGUGAUACUGCAGAAAUCAUUGCUGCUGUUCGAGAGUUUAGUCGUUGCAAUCUGUUUCUAGUGGGUCGAAGGAUUGAGGAUAGUGUUGCAGCAGUAUUGGAUAGAAUAAGUGAAUGCCCUGAGCUAGGACCGAUGGGGAGUCUGUUGAAAUGCUCAGAUACAUUGGCAACGGCAUCAGUUUUGAUUGUGCAACAGUUCACACCACAUUCUGUUUCUGUUGCAUUAGAGGAGCCCGGAAAGUAUUCAAGUUCUGACUGAUUGCCAUUCUAAUUUUCUGUUUUACUUUGCUUUGGCCGUUGGUAAUCCGUUCAUGGUUACACCAAAUAAAGAGUUUAUAAAACAUUCACAUACAGAAAUCCAAUUCCAAACCAACUGAUUGCUAUUCUAUUUCUCUGUUUUUCCUUGUAAUUUCCGGUUGUGAGUGUGGGAAUUGCUCAAAAAUCAAAAUGGACGGUUGCGGUUGGUAACCCGUUCAUGGUUAACUAACUCCAAACAAAGAAUUUAUGAAACAAUCACAUAGAAAUCCAAACGAAUAUUGUCAGUGAAUGUU